UGUGCUAAUAUAUCGAAAGACGAAUGAGUUUUUAAACUCAGUUUUGAGUGCUAUGAAAUCCAACGGAUUGCGCAUGGUUUGUACAUACAAUAAAUACGAGUAAGUUAAAGCUCUUAUCUGUGGCUUGUAACCGCGUUGACAAACACUCUUAAUUUCCAAAUAAAAAGAAAAACAAAACAUGAUUUUUAGAAUUUUAACAAGGGUCAAAUAAUACGAUCGUUGAAUUUGUACCUCGCCGAGACUCAGAGCCAGUACAACGAUUGCUAUAGCGAGGUAAGAUUAAUUUUUUCCAUUCUGGAUUAGUUCUGUUGCGAAUAUGUGAAUAUGUUGGUUUGUGAAAAUAUUUUCUAUAUUUUAUUUUAAUUACAGGCUAGCGAACAAGCUGCGCUUUUAGAGCUUCAACGAGAUGCUAUUAGCACACUGCAGAAGAGGAUCAGUCUCCUGAAAUAUGAAGAAUUCUUGAACGCGUUUAUGUUGCACUUUAUUUAUUAUGUUAUUUUGUUAAAAUAUCAGGAGGAGUUAGAUUCUAAAAACCAAAAAUUUUCAGACAUGAAAUCCACGAUACAUGAACUAGAGUAUGCAAAAAAUGGUUUGGAAAGACAAUGCUGUAAUCUUCAAAAUAAGAAUGAUAAAGUAUACGAAGAAAAUGAUAAAUUAAGGAGUAGUUAUGAAAAAUCUUGUAAAGCAUUAGAUUCUGAAAAAGAGCAAAUUGAAAGGUUAUAUAUUGAGAUUAAUGACUUGAAAUACCAGUUGCAAACUUACAAAUUUGAUUUUAAUAUAAUUGAAGAAGAAAUGAAGAAAAUGGGAAUGAGAGAGUUAUCCGUUAAAAAUUUUAAGUCAGAAUUAGAAGCAAUGCGUUUAAAAAAUGAGCGAUACAAAAAGACUGUUGAGGAGUUAAAGCUUGAUAAAAACUGUUUGACGAAAAAAUUAAGUGAUUUGAAAGUACAAAUUGAAAAGUAUAAGUCGAAAAUUACUCAGCAUGAAAACGAACUCUCUUCUGCAAAGGAAAAGAUAGAAGAAUUAGAAAAUGAAUUAAGGAACGCUGAAUGUCAAAUCUAUAUUAUGAAUUUAUAUUUGUUAGAUCAAAAAAAUUACCAGAAAGAAAAUGAAUUUUUAAAAAUUAAACUAGACGCGAUGAGAACCAAAUUAGAUAGUGCGAAAAUAGAGGUGAAAUGUUUGCAGCAAGAGUUACGUAUCGCCUGUGCUGAAUCAAUGGAAAUGCAAAUACGUUAUACAAAAACUUUGAAAGACUUUUGUGAUCACGCAGUUGAACGAAAACAUUUGGAGCCUUUAGAGCAAUCGGAGAAUGCUGCCUGUCACCGAUCUAAAGUAAAAAAGAACGAUGAAUUCGAAGAAAUUUCAAAAUUUAAAAAAAAACUCAAAGACACUGAAGAAGAGCUUUCUGCAAAAACUGAAGCGUUAUCAGUGGUUCAAGCAAAAUUCAACACGUGUUCGUCCAAAUUUGAAAGCAGUGAAAAACGCUAUAAAGACGAAAUAAUGCUGCUGGAAAAGAAGCUUACCUGUCUUAACCAGAAGUUUCAAACGUGUACAGAAAAGAAUGUUGAGCUGCUGCGUCAAAACAAGUCACUUGAGGAAAACUACAAUAAGUGCAUGACUGAGUUGGAAGACAUAGUUCUACAGCUGGAAGAUAUGCAGAGUUCCAUUGUCGAGUUAAGGACCGAAUGUGAUACCAAGACGCAAUCGCUGGACUGUCUUUCGACGGAGCUCACCAAGAUGAAGGUAAGUCGAUCCGAGGUCUGCGAAGAAACCAAGUAUGUGCUCGGAUGGGUACGUAUCUGGAUGAAAGAGCAGAAGCGCACGGCCUGCACUCUCCAAGAAAGAUUACGCGACAAACAGCAGCAACUUUCACAUAUCAGCAACGAAAAGAGAAAUUAUACGACUAGUAUAAAGCGUCUGAAACGAGCUAAUAUGACUCUUAGGAAAAGACUAAAAUUUAUACGUAAACCUGCAACGAAACAAGCGGCUGUAGUUUGUAAUGGUCACGCGUUAGCCUCGCAACAAGAGAAAUCGUUCGCUAAACGAAACGAUGGAAACUAUAAAAUAAGUGAGCCAGUUGCAAGUUACUAUCAUUUCAAAAAGGAAUACAGAGAAAAGCAUAAUGGUAUUAUAGAAAAAAGUUCGACCAAGGGACACUAUAAGUGGUAUCCCGGUUUAAAAUACUUAUCGAAUCAGAUUCCGAAAAUUUCACAAGUCAAUAAAAGCAUACAACUGGCCAGACAAACACACGAAGAUACGACCGAUGGCGGGUAUAUCACUUCUAGCGCACGAUGAAAACUUUUUAAGCGUGUAAUUUUUGUAAUCACAUUUAUUUCAUAUAAUUGUUAUAGAAUUUUCAUAGACAAAUAACUUGAUUCUUUAGUAAUAUUACACAUGCGGCUCAUAUUAAAUUGACUACACGAUUUUUAUUUAAUUAUAUUUGUAAUUAUAUUUUUUAUGAGUGAAUAUACCAUAGUUUUUUAUAAAAAAUACAUCUCGAUUCAGUUUGAUUCAAUGAUUCAAAGGAUGUGUCGUAUUACACUUCGAUAUUUUAAGUAUCAAAUUAUGACUGGGAAUGCAUGCUGAUCGUAGUAAUUCUAAUUUUUGCAUGUACGAAGACCGAAACAUAUCAAGCAGUUUAUUGCUUUCAGAAAAAGUGAAUACCAUGUCGCUUUCUGGCGGUUUCUACAAUAUUUGAAUAUACGUUUAUAGAACAUCAUACAAACUAAACUUGUGUAAAUAGCUAACCAAAAAUCCAUGAAGAUAAAUGCUGUCUGCGAAAAAAGCAUAAACCUCACGUGCUGUCCGCCAAAAAUCGGAGAGGAAAAAUCGAUGAGUUAAAUAAAGUAUACCCAGUAUUGACGAUAUUCCUUUUCCAGAAAAACCAUUAUCUCUGCAAUUAUAAAUCAAUAUUGUAAAUACAUGCAUAGACAAAUUUUAACGGUUAAUAAAAAUAAAUAUACUUUUUCUAGAAAAAGA